GCCAUUGGCUCAUCAGCUUCCCUCGCUGCACACUCUAGAGAGUAGAGAAAGAGAAAGAGGAAGUGAAGUGGGAUAAGGAGAGGGGGUGCUCGUCUGCUCGUCCGUCAGUGGCAAUGGCGUUGUGGAACGGUGGUGGUGGAGCCUUUCCGGCGGCGGCCGUGCUGGUGGCUGCGGCCGUGGCGGCGCUGCUGGGCGCCGGGGUGGGCGCCACCAAGUUCGACGACGUGGUGCAGCCCAGCUGGGCCAACGACCACAUGGUGUACGACGGCGACCUCCUCAAGCUCCGCCUCGACGCCAACUCCGGCGGAGGCUUCGUGUCCAGGAGCAAGUUCCUGUACGGCAAGGCCAGCGCCGACCUCAAGCUCGUGCCGGGUGACUCCGCCGGCGUCGUCACCGCUUUCUAUGUGACUGUCGUCGGCCGGGGACAAGCACAACGAGUUCGACUUCGAGUUCCUGGGCAACGUGACCGGCGAGCCGUACCUGGUGCAGACGAACCUGUACAUCGACGGCGUGGGCAACAGGGAGCAGCGCAUCGACCUGUGGUUCGACCCCACCGCCGACUUCCACACCUACGCCGUGCUGUGGAACCCCAGCCAGGUGGUGUUCAUGGUCGACGACACCCCCAUCCGCGUCUACGAGAACCGCCAGAACGCCACGGUGCACGGCCACCACCACCGCAGCAACAACGCCACCACAUCCACAGCAUCGCCGCCGCCGUUCCCGGGGCCGCAGCCGAUGGCCGUGUACAGCUCCAUCUGGAACGCGGACGACUGGGCGACGCAGGGCGGGCGCGUGAAGACGGACUGGUCGCACGCGCCGUUCGAGGCCACGUUCCGGGAGGUGCGCGUGGACGGCUGCGCCUGGGCGGCCAACGCCACCGACGGCGACGCCGGGGAGGUCCGGCGGUGCAGCGAGACGUCGUGGGGAAAAGAAGGCCGGUACUGGUGGAAGGAGAAGGAGAUGUCGGAGCUGUCUGUGCACCAGAGCCACCAGCUCGUGUGGGCGCGCGCGCACCACCUCGUCUACGACUACUGCGUCGACACCGACCGCUUCCCCGUUCAGCCGCCUGAGUGCGCCGGCCGCUGAUCAUCCUCACCAACGCCGGCGGCGUUGCUCUUGCUCCAUCGGUGGUGGUAGCUUACUGCUAGCUAGCUAGUCUUUGGACACCCGUCGAUGCGGCGCAUGCAUCGAUUGGUAUGGAAUGGUUGGAACUGCUGGUUUCCCUGGGGGUUGGUUCGUGUUCGUGCGUCGUUUGCAGCAAUGGUGCCUGUCUGUCAGACUGUAGUUUCGUUUCGGCUUUGCGAGGUCGCAUUGUUGGCGACCUUGUGUGGUGAACUGGUAAUCUUGUGGAGGUUGUCUUUUGUAAAAAAAAAGUGAAAUGGGAUGAUGAAUGAACGACGCUACGCUCCGUUUCAGGGAUUUGCUACUCCCUUCCUUC